CAAACCUGCCACUAUUUAUGCGGAUUAGCCAGUUAAUCAGUUAUGUCUACCUUUCAUCCGCUGCUCCUAAUCUGCAUUGUACUGUAUGCUCAACUGCGAGGGCAGGCGGGCGUUGCCAGUCGGAGCCAAGCCCACAGGACGUGCAGUCAGUCUGCUGCUAACAGCUACCAGCCGGGUCUCUGGAGUUAGCCAGAAAGCUAGCCAUGAGCUAACAAGUAGCUAGCUGAGUCGUUUCGUUUCGCCACCUUAAAUUCCGCCUCAUCGGACCUUUUGCCAAGGAACUAUCAUUCAGCCCUUUGUUGGACCUGCAGUCUUUGGAUCUGAUUUUUGCAGUCCUCACAUUUCACCAUCCCUUCCCGCCGGCUUGCACUUUCUCCCUUUGAUACUUGCAUCUCUCGGUACACAGAGCCAUGGCAGCUGCAAAGCCAAAAGGGCAGAACUCUCUAGCCCUUCACAAAGUGAUAAUGGUUGGCAGUGGAGGAGUGGGUAAAUCAGCUCUUACACUCCAGUUCAUGUAUGAUGAGUUUGUUGAAGACUACGAGCCCACAAAAGCAGACAGUUACAGGAAGAAAGUGGUGCUGGAUGGAGAGGAGGUGCAAAUUGACAUCCUUGACACAGCCGGGCAAGAGGACUAUGCAGCCAUCCGGGAUAACUACUUCCGAAGUGGCGAGGGUUUCCUCUGCGUAUUUUCCAUCACAGAGCUGGAGUCUUUUGCAGCAACAGUAGACUUCAGAGAGCAGAUUCUGCGAGUGAAGGAGGAUGAGAAUGUGCCCUUUCUCCUGGUUGGUAAUAAGUCAGACUUGGACGACCGACGGCAGGUUAGCGCAGAUGAGGCAAAGGCACGUGCAGAGCAGUGGGGCGUGUGCUACGUGGAGACGUCGGCCAAAACUCGUGCCAAUGUUGACAAGGUUUUUUUCGACCUAAUGAGAGAGAUCCGGGCAAGAAAAAUGGAGGACAGCAAAGAGAAAAACGGGAAGAAGAAAAGUAAAAGUUUGGCCAAGAGAAUUAGAGAGAGAUGCUGUAUUUUAUAGUCGUUAGAGGGAGCAGGCUCGCUGCUUAUGUACAUACGCAUUUCUCAGACUUUUGCUUUUUUUAAAAUUUUUAAUUUAAUUUAAUUUUUUGUGCCCAUACCUGACCAUGAUCUUCUGUUCCUGGUUAACUGGACAUCUGACCAUGUGUCAGGAAGUAGUAAGGUGGCACUUCAUACACCAUUUAUAGCUCUAACGUUUUUAUGUGCUGACACUCCAAAUAAUUUAUGUACUCUCUCUCUCUCUCUCACUCUGACCGCAUUACAGAGUGUAAUAAUUCAGUGGUGUUUUUAAUUUAGACCUAAGCUUGACAAAAGGCUAAGUCCUGAAAUGUUCCAAAACGUUUCAUUGUAAAGUCUGACACGUGUGUGUGUGUGUGUAACACACAUACACAUAUUAAGAGAGCUGUGCAGUGCAAGUUGAAAAAAAGAUUUAAAUGAAAGUCUAAGCGCCAAGGUUUAAACAGGGAAGAUGUAACUGGAGCUCAGUACUGGAAAGCCCCAAUCCCUUUUAAUUAAUCCACCAUCUUUGGUAGAAAGUGUUAGUUAACAGACUCAGCAGUGUAGUGUCAACCCAGAGUUCAUCAAGAGCCACAGAGGAGAUGAACAUUGCACUGAGCAUGUGAAUCAUUUCAAUUAGAAGACAGUUCCAUUAUCAAAGCCUGAGACAAAAUUUGAUGCCAUUCCUAUUUGUCGUUUUACACCUCAGUUUUACUACAUUGUACAGUUAUGUAUACUUAUUUUUAGUCGUGACGUCAAACAUUUCCCUUCUUCUUCUUCUCCUCUAUCAUAUCACCCAGUGUAAGAUAAGCGCACUAAUGUUUCCACUAAUCUCUCCCCUUACCCCAGAGACUUUGAGUCUUCUCAAAUGCACAAUGGACAUUAAUCGUUACCCUUGAAUCUGUGAGGGAUUUUGCAACACUUGAACUUUUUUCAAUUCUAACAUGUCAGAAGUUUUACCUCACUUGGCAUUGCCUUUUUUUGCGAUAAAGGAAUCCCUGGUGCUCAGAUAAAAGGUGAUUCCAUAACACUACAUCCCUUACAUGCUGACACAUCUUAAUUUUAAAAACAAAGAAACACAUUGUAAAUUGUAAAAAAUGUCAUUUUUCAUGUAUAACUUUCCCUGACAUUUAAUCUGCAAACUUUUAUCUCCCUUUUCCUUUUGUUAAAUGGAAAAAUCCUUAAUUGGAAAGCUGGGGUAAAUUAAUGAAUAGAUCAUUUUUAAGGCAUGAAAUGAAAACGAGACUGCAGGCUGCAUAGACGUGAGGUGAUACUUGUCCAAAAAAAGUUUUAGUCGCCAAAGAAAAACGCUAGCUAGUACAAACAAGUGCCCACUUAUUAUUUGAAGUGAAUGACAGCUUGCUGUAAUGAGCAUCAAAAGUAAGCACUACAGUCUUUGCAAAAGUCAAAAGGAGUGUCGGGAAGCGUCGAGAUUUCGGUCUGAUUCGCCUGGGGAAAGAAAUGCAAGGUUAUGAGGGCUUUAGUAAUUCUUGUGCAGUGCGUCACUGUUGCCUCUCUGUCCAUUGUGAAUGUGAAACAUCCCCUCAUACUCAUCCUGUUUGCCUGUAAUCUUAGACUGCCAAUGAUUUGCAGAGUUUAGAGGUCGCUGGCGUUCUACUUUUCUACGUUUUGUGCAAGGCUACCCUGUGUUACAGUGCUGUAGUAACAUGCCGAAUGUGUUCAUUUUAUCUUGUAGAUGGCAUUUUAGAGGCAAAGGUUGAAACAGUGUAUAGAAAUUGGCAAAUUGAGAAUGCAUAGACCAAAAUACACUGUGAAAACUGCCCCUCGUUUCUUAAUUUAUGACUGAGCCUUUUUUUUUUCUUUUCUUAUGAACAUUAUAAUUUAUUUUUAGUAACUUAUUAUUUGUUUUUAAUAUUUCAGUAAAGUUAAACAGCCACGUUGAGGUUGUUGCCAUGUUUCUCUCUGAUUCACUACCAAUCGUUAACUUAAUAGUAAGCUGCUCACCAUUUACACUAAAAGAUUGCCACAACCAAUAACGUGCCCAACACUGGAGUCUAUGCAAAAUGUUUGCUGUAAUUGCAAAGAGGAAAUGUGAAACCUGGAAAGAGUUUAAAACACUGACUGGGUCUAGAAACUAUUGAGUAGUAGAAGCACUUGAGCUGGAGCGCCAUUUAGAGAUCUGACUGCAGUUUGGAAAAAAGUGUGUCAUCCAACAGCUAUGAAGCUUUCUUUUGUCUGUUUGUUUGUCUUUUUAAUGUGCGUUUAUCAUGCAACUCAUGUUUACAGCAAAGCACAUAGUAGGAGGAGUUGGACUUUAAAACAGUAACGUGAGAUGGCAUCAAACUGAUUGGUAAGCAGUUUAGUCUAAUAUAUGUCCUAAGGGCUAAACUCCAGUACACCACAUAAUGAUUGAAACGCCCUGAAAGUUAAAGUGGCACGCACAGAAACUGGAAUGAGCAUAAAGAUCCCAGUUUAUUAUUACUCUCCUUCUUUAGCUUGAGAUUAUUACAUUAACCGCAUUGUGUCUUCAUUGUUGAGGAUUACAGAAGCUGCCCUACAUAAAGUGACUACCGUAAUGCUUGCUUACUAUAACACUGGCUAAACAAAGUCUUUCUUGUUUCAGUUUGUUGUGGGUUUUUGUUUAUUCAAGCAGACAUCAUUCAUAAUCAUUCUACUGCUGUUACUUUGUUUCCACAUAUUAAUUUAAUAGACUUGAUAGCCCGAAAAAUUUCAGUGAAAUACUAAAACAGAUGUUUGUGUGAACGCUAUGAGCAAACUGUCCUACUGGGUAUUCAGAUAACUUGUUUUGCCUUUUCUAUACCCUUGGAGUAAAAAAAGAAAUAUAUAGGUAUCUAUGUAAUUGAUUGGAUGGUUGUAUGUAUGCCAUCAGUUAAAUGUUUCCUUCAUGUUUCCUUAUUUUUAACAUAACCACUAAUGUAGCCUAUCUGUUUGUGAAUACAAGAGGUGACGCUUACAUUUCAAUUCAUUUUUUUGUGAGUUUGGAAAUGGCAAAUAAAGUGGACAUUACUAAUAACACUU